UACUGUCCACAUUCCGAAUUCAACAUGGCGGCGUCUAUGCUGUUGAUUCGUUUUAGAGUUGGUUUACGCCACCAACAAUUACUCAAAGACAUAUGAUGGCCCGACAGUCUGUUGUAGCUUGAAUAUUUCAACAAACUAGUUUUCUUAUAGAUAUGAAUUUCGGGAAAAUGAAGAAACUGCCGAGACCUAGCUCCAGAAUGACGACAGUUUCAACGACAGAAAGUGACAGUGUCUUCAGUGAAUAUGGCGAAGACAACAAAAAUAACAAAAGAGUCAAUCGCAACAUGAGCGAGAAAAAAAGGCGUGAUCAGUUCAAUGUGCUGGUCAAUGAGUUGUGUUCCAUGGUUUCCACAAGUAACAAGAAAAUGGACAAAUCCACUGUCCUAAAGUCCACAAUCGCUUACCUGAGGAAUUACCAAGAGACGGCAGAGCAGGCACAGGCUCAUGAAAUCAAGGAGGACUGGAAACCCUCAUUUCUAUCCAAUAACGAAUUUACACAUUUAAUGUUGGAGGCGUUGGAUAGCUGUUUAUUUGUGUUCACGCAACAAGGAAGAUUCCUGUAUGUGUCCGAAAGUAUAACAUCCCUCCUAGGUCACUUACCGGAUGAUUUGGUUAACAAGUAUGUAUACAGCUAUAUACACGAGAAUGAGAAACAGAACCUGUACAACAUGUUAUUCCACUUCAGUAUGUUAUCACCAGAGGAGAUGGAGAAAGAGAAGAACCAAUUGAAAUUCAGCUGUCAUUUCCAAAGAGGUAGCUUGAAAUCAGAAGAAAGCAACGUUUAUGAAUCUGUAACAUUCACUGGAUUCCAAUACUGGAAUGUGGUCUCUGAUGAUGAUUCCCAGUCCGGCCUACAGCCGCCUACAAACUGUUUCUGUUGUACAGUACGACUUAGGAGCUCCCAAUUCAUCAGAGAGAUGGCCAUCAUUGACGAAUCUCAGUCAGAGUUCACAUCUCGCCACAGUUUAGAAUGGAAGUUCUUAUUUCUUGAUCACAGAGCCUCUCCAAUUAUUGGUUAUCUCCCCUUUGAGGUACUUGGCACCUCAGGAUUUGAUUACUAUCAUCCCGACGACCUUGAACCCUUAGUAAAAUGUCACGAACAAUUGAUGCAGAUAGGAAAAGGAAUGUCCUGUUUUUACCGAUUUCUCACUAAAGGACAACAGUGGAUCUGGCUGAAGUCCCGCUACUACAUCACCUACCAUCAAUGGAACUCGAAACCAGAGUUUAUUGUCUGUACAAAUACAGUCGUUAGCUAUGCUGAUGUUCGUGCCCAUGUGAGACAGGAAAACAAUUCGGGAGCUCAAAAUAUGAAUGCAGCAGUGGAGAAUAGAAAGAGAUCACAGAGUCCAUCAAUGUCCUCCGUUCUCUCAAGUCAGUCUGGUAAGACGUCAGACAAAGACAGUGUGGAGAGUGCACCUAUACCUCAUUCCACCUGUCGAAAAGACCCCACGGGGUCAGUAACACCGCAACUACAACAGUUACUGCAGCAACGCAUCAAUCAGCAUAAGGCGCUUCAACAGCAGCAACAACAGUUAAGUACACAGAUACAACUGCUCCCUAAGCCAAACUUGGUGACAAGUCUCUUAACUGGAAAAGUGGCUACCAUAUCCAACCUUCCAUCAGGAUUGGGGCAGGCUCAACAAGUGAAGACACAGUCUGUACCGUCCCCCCACUGUAACCUGCCUGUAGUGACUGUCAUCCCCACCAAACAUCCUCCACAGGCUGUCCAGACACAACAGGUACAAUUGACACCAGUUCAGCUCCAGCUCCACAGCCAACUCCUACAAAAACACAAGCUGCUGCAGCAGGCUAUCCUAAAACAGCAGGAGGAGCUACAGAUUAUCAAUCAGCAGCUAUCGCUCUUUCAGUCGACAGUCGUACCAGUUUUCCCAGUCGCUGCCUCCAUUACAUCUGUCUCAACAAUGCCAGGUACAAAUAUGUUGACGACAACGGGCAUACCAACGCAAUCUACCCAGGCACCCCUCACCUUCCAGCCGGCGCUGCACACCCCUGUCCAGUCAACACUUGACCAACAGCAGUUCAUACCGUUACAGUUUCUCCAGCAGGACAGCGAGCUACUCUUUUCCAAUGAUACCUCAAAUACAGUCUUCUCACUAACUUGACCCUGUUGCAGUACCACAAUUUAAUUCGGGAGUGGUCAGAAAUUUUGACUUCUUCGUGUCUCUUUGUAAUAAAUUUAGAUUCACAAAGAAACUACUCCUUCCUAUGGAUGUAUUUGCCACUCAGCCAGUAUUUACCUCAGAAACGUCCAAAGCAUGGUUGUGGAAAAUUGGCACCAGUAUGAACGUUUGGUUUAACCUGGUCAACCCACAGACAUCUGCCUUCUCAGUAAAAUACAACAUCUGACAGUAAGUUUAUCAGUGUGAUAGUUCCCGAGAGGUUUGACAGAAAACUAUUCCGUCAGCUGAUAAACAAAUAUUGCAGCAAAGUUGGAUGAGACUUCCAGGAA